AUGAGGGUCAACUCUUCCCUAAUAUACAGCCUCCUUGUUGGUGCCCUCGCUACGACUGUUGUAGCUCAGGAUGGAACAACUGCCCAAAACACUGCUACUGCUGCCACCACCACCACUGCUGCGCUUCCUACCUUAGGCCGAGAAACUACAUCAUCUAGAUCUGAGGAAGCAUCAACGACUGCUGCUGCUGAAACCAGCACCUCGAAAGUUAUCAUAACUGGAGGUAUUCCCGUGACUGCAACUGAUGCCGUCCCCAGUCUUAGUACAAGCACAGCGAAGCUCCCUUCGCUCACAGGAACCAGUGGCCUGGCUAUACCAGUCGUUACAGUCCCUCCGACCAGCAAUGCACCAUUUAUACAGAAAUCAACUCUCCCUGAGGGCACCGUAUUCAUUGCUGUCGGGUCUGCGCUUGCCUUUUUUGCAUUCGCAGUGAUCGCAUGGCGCGGCCUCGUUGCAUGGAGUCUUCAUAGAAGCGUUCGUAAGGCUGCUUCGAAUGUGCAUCUCUCCGACUCGAAAUCUAAAUCUCAUCUCCGACCACCACCCUCUGGCUCUGGAGGCUUUUACUCUACUGGACCUGGCUCCCAGUUAAGCCUUGACCAUAUUGCGACCUCGCCCAGAACUGCAAACCGUCCUGAUGGCCGCCAGAUGACGCCGAACCAUUCUCUUUUCUUCUCCCCGACCGCAGGCGGCGGCGCAGCUGGCGAUCGUAGAUCUGCGUACUUGCCGGCGGGAUAUUAUGCUUCGGGUCAGAGAGACUCUCUCAUCAUGGGACAGGCGAACGGAAGCCACACGCAUGUGCAUUCCCAGAGCAUAUCGAGCACUAGAUAUGGUGGUGGAGGUAGAGGGAAUUCGGGGGUUAGUCCGCCUGGAAGUCCGAUGAUGGGGCCACAGGGGAUGGCAGUGAGGGCGGGCGCGAGUACGGCGUCGUUGAGUCUACCACCGACAGGAAGGGCACCGAGUACCUACUUAGAAGACCUGUUUGAGAGUCAUAGAGAGGGUGGUGGCGGAGGGAGAGGGUUGUAA